AUGAAUGCUCUUAUCUGGAACAUAAGGUCAGUUAAAACACAACAAGCCUUUGAGAGGCUGAUCAAAAUGCAUAGGCAGAAUUAUUAUGAGUUUAUAGGAUUAAUGGAACCUAUACAACAAGCUAGAAAACUGGAAAGGUAUAGAAUGAAUAUUGGUUUUGCGCAGGCAAUUGCAAAUGUGUCAAAUAAGAUUUGGGUUUUCAUUGAUGAGGUAUUUGAGGUCAUAAUUAUGUACAACAUAGUGCAGCAGCUGACUUUAAGGCUAUUUCAUACUGAAACACAUGUAGAGAUUGUUCUUACUUUGGUGUAUGCUAAAUGUGAUGCCAUUGAGAGAAUAGUAUUAUGGGACUCUUUGUAUGCAAUGGCAAGAGACAUGGAUGUGCCAUGGCUUGUAGGUGGAGAUUUUAAUGUUAUAUGGGAUAAAGAAGAAAAGUUUGGUGCACUUCCAGUGUCACUAAAUGAAAUAAAUCAUUUUCGAUAUUGCAUCAACACAUGUAACCUAUUUGAUCUUGGCUUCAAAGGUAGUGUUUUUACUUGGUGGAAUGGGAGGUCAGAAGAGGACUGUAUAUUCAAGAGGCUAGAUAGAUGUUUAGCAAAUGUUGAGUUUCAGCAGACUUUUCCAGGAAUAGAAGUCACACACCUCUCAAAGAUAGGCUCAGAUCACAGUCCAAUGCAGUUGAAGUGUGAUAUAGAAGCUGCUCCUGUGAAGAAACCUUUCAGGUUCCUUAACUUUUGGGUUGAGCAUCAAUCAUUUAAAGAUGUUGUUAAGGAAAACUGGCAGGCAGAUUUUUGUGCAAGUCCUUUUGUCCUUUUCAAUUACAAGCUCAAGAAGUUAAAAAAGGCUUUAUCAGUAUGGAGUAGAGCUACAUAUGGGGACAUAUUUCAGAAAAUCGCAAGCCUGGAGGAGGUGGUUAUGGUGCAUGGCAGAGUUUGA